ACUAUUGUGUCGUUAUUUGUUGCUGCUACUAUUUAAUUAGACGGACACUAGCUGGCUGUAAAUUGUGUGUUGGACAGCAGUGGCGAUGACAGGUGAAACGACACUGUGUGCGACGAUGCUAACUAUCUAACUAGCUAGGUAGCAUUCAGCUAACCCAGUGCUAGCUGUCAUUGCAGCGUCAGGGCAGGCCCGCCGUCCCAUUUCUCUAAUUUACUCAUUUGCUCCCUAUGCUUUGCCUUUUAUUCUCUGACAGCAUGUGAAACACCGUGAUGUGAUCUAACACUUGAUAUACGCCUUCUUCUCGAUGUUGUUGCGAACGCCCGGCUGCCAAGAAGUGACUAUAUUCUAGCAAUUUCUAAAUCAGGAUGUCAUUGCUCUCCCGUAUUAACAUGCUUAUUUCACAACAUAAUAAGCUAGCAAGCUGUGAUUGGGAGAUUUACCGUUUUACUCUCACUGUGCAACCUAAAUUCCUUUCCAGCUUUCCUAUAUCCAGGCAGAAAGAUUGUGAAAAUACAGACUGAGCUGGUAUGCCAGGAAUAAUGGCUCCUUCUGAGAUUUUGGGUGUGAUAUUGCUGUAGAAAUGGGUCAAGUGAUGGCCUAAGGUGAUGGAAUAGUAGCUGGUUGUUUCCUGAUUGAUUAUUGCAGAGCUUUGAAUGCAAAGAUAACCUAGGGGAAGAUACAUACGCCCACUCACUUACUGAUGCACAGUGUAUCUGAAAAGAGCCGAAAGCACAGUGAGGUUAUUUGUCCAACACACAGUUUAAAAAAAAAACCAAGGUUCAGUUUCCAAAAGAGGUUGAAUAAUACAUUAAACAUGGUCAGACGGUGUGAAGGGCAAUGCUGUGAGGGUGAUCUACAUGCUACUCAAGCAACAAGAAAACAUAGAAGCCCGUUUACAGAUGUCGUCACUGCCACUCUGAAGCUCACCAACCCCACAGAGAGAAAUGUGUGUUUCAAAGUCAAGACAACCGCGCCUCGCAGAUACUGUGUGCGCCCAAACAGUGGCAUCAUUGACGCUGGAAACUCCGUCAAUGUUUCUGUUAUGCUCCAGCCGUUUGACUACGACCCCAAUGAAAAGAGUAAACACAAAUUCAUGGUGCAGUCCAUGCUGGCUCCCUACGACAUGACUGACAUGGAAGGAGUUUGGAAGGAGGCGAAGCCUGACGAGCUGAUGGAUUCAAAGUUGAGAUGUGCAUUUGAGAUGCCACUAGAAAAUGACAAAACUCGUGAGAGUGAAACCAACAAAACUGUGUAUUCCUCUACCUCCUCUGUUAAGACUGAGCUCUCCUCGCUGCCCAAGUCCGCCAGUGCCUCGCUGGAUGACGGAGAGGUGAAGAAGAUCAUGGAGGAGUGCAAGCGGCUGCAGAUGGAGGUGCAGAGGCUACGGGAAGAAAACAAACAGAUCAGGGAGGACGACGGGCUGCGGAAGAGAAAGGUGACCUCAAUGGGCGCUCCUCACUCUUCUUCCUCCUCCGCCAUGGCGACCUCGGCCAUGAGGGACGAAGGCCUAAGCACCCGCGUCCUGGCGCUCUGCGUGCUCUUCUUUGUCAUUGGAGUCAUCAUUGGCAAGCUGGCCCUGUAGAGACACAGACAGACAGAGCACAGUGACGGACGGACGGCGUGCUCGGGAGGACACGUGUCAAUGACGGCAACGGGGAUGUCUUAUGGGUUUAUGUUGGUUUCUCUUUCUUUUCUGUUUUUUUGUUUUAAAAUAUAAAAGGCAAUAUCACAAUGGUUUGUCUGGAUGGAAAAUAAUUUAACGUGUAAAAAAAGAAUGAGGGAAGGCGAUCCCAAGUUAAACCAUGAGUGCAAGUUUUUGUCACAGGUCUUGCCUUUCUUUUUGUUUUUUAAAUACCACCUCUGAUCUGUUCUUUCCGUCCAUCCCUCCUUCCUUAAAUGAUCUUCCGCAACUUGCACAGGUAACAGUUAGUGGUGUGUGUGGAAGUGGCUUCACGCUGGCUGAAUGUCUAAAGUCUUUCAUUGAUUCUUUAUUGAUUCUUAAGUCUUCAAGUUCCUCACUCACUUUGUCUAUAAGAAAGAUCUAACACUUCUCUUCUGAUAAUCUCUCUUCCACUUAUUACUGAUAAUCUGCAAGGAGAGGUGAACACACGUGAUCAGUGAAAGACUUUUUUUCUAGAUUCAAACUCAAUGUAAUGUCUUCUAAACAGUAUGUGGUAAAAACAAAUGUGAGCCAGUAGAAGCUGUGUGUGUGCGUGUGUGUGUGUGCGCGUGCGUGUGUCUUCUUGAUUUCGACUGCGUGUGGAUGUUUUUAUGUGAGGAGACCACAAAUGGUGAAAUCGCAGGCUGUUUUAGAAUGAAGGAAGAGGGGUGGUUUGAAAACAAAUCUGUCAUCUGAACAGAUUUCCUGCUUGCAACAGAAAAAUGGGGGUCUUUGUUGAAAAUUCAGAUUAGAACUUGAUCAUUUUUGUUGCUGGUCAGACCUGGAAAUCUGUAGAAAUACAAUUUGUUUUUGGGUAAUUUGUAAAAUGAUAACCUUGUAAAGUCAAGAAUACGAUAAAUAAAUUCAUGCUGCACAGUGAUCUAGUUAAAAAAACAACUAAUUUAGUUCAAGACAUCAGAUUUUCCCAGUUAACACUUUAAUUUUCCUAAUAAUUCCUUCUUCAGGUUGAGAGACAGGCACGAGACAAAAACAACAAUCUUCCCCCUUAAAGCAGUGAACUUGUCACGCAAAACCAUCUCGGACAUUUUCAAUAUAUAACAUACAGUAUGUAACAAUAGCUUUGGCCACCUUGUUUAAUUUUGGCCAUGGAGUAUUGUAUUUGCGUCCUCUAGUGUAUUACAGCAGUUGUUUGCUUUUUUCUUUCUUAUAUUAUCACGUAGCCACGAUGCUUCUGUUGUUUAUAAUAUUCACAUGCACUAUAUUCGAGUGUCCACUCUUCAGUCUGCAUGAAAUGACCUGGAUUUAUUAUGAUUAUUAAUUUUUUGAGUGAAGUUAUAUUGGCAAAACAAAAAAAAAUACUGUCUUCUCAAAAGGGACCAUCUUGAGUCUGGUUUAUCAGUAUGUGUGUGUGUGUGUGUGUUUUGUUUCCUUUGGAUUAUCUUUUUCUUUUGUUUGGUGUCGGGCUCCGGUGGUCGUGAGAUAACUGAGACAACACAGCUGUAUUAUCUCGGCUGUCACAUGACCAUCUAAGCAGGUUGUUAAAGAGAAAAAAAAGAAUAAAUAUCUGUAUUUUUCGUUGCCUGAGGGAGCUUGGGGAGCAGAGAAGUGGGAAUGCGGGCGGCUGGGACGAGGACUGACCUGUGAAUACACUACAUUAAAGAGAAAAAAAGGCAUCAGCGCUUCAGAUCACACAUGCAAAGAUACAGUCACAACAAUGUAAUCUCACAGUAAUUGGAUACUCUUUUGUAUGUACAUAAAAAUAAAAGGACUUAAAAAGAUAACUGGCAAAGUUAUUAACAUACUGUAGUAAAGGAAGAAAAUAAUUAAACAACCACCAUGGAUCAUGUAGCAUCAUAAUGAAUUAAAAUACAUAUACCCCCAA